AUGCCAUUCAAGAGACCCGCGCCUUAUCCCCACAGAGAAUCAAGCUCCCAAUCACAUUCCGAAUCAUCCACUCCGUACUUGCCGCCCUCAAAGCACGCACGUAUUUCCACAUCUGCCAAUUCACUUGCUCGUGUGAAGUUAUACAUCGUCCAAGCCAAAUUUGAUUCGUCAACUCUUUCGGAGCUGUUCCUACUUGCGGAGAAGCAUGCCGGACGUCUCUGUCGUGAUGCAAAAGACGCCGAUGUGAUUGUGACUGCAAUCAGCAUGCGAAGACGAUUCGAGAGACAUAUACCGUGGGAGCUGGCGAAAGCGAAAGCCGUUGUAAAUCCGCAAUGGUUGCGAGAAUCGGCCAAGGCAGGGAAACCACUGCCAUGCGGCGACUACGCAGCACUACAAGACUUGCGAACGCCAAACACUCAGAUCGACAUCCCUUCUAAUCUGCUUCCGCCCGAUCCUUCAUUUCCAACUGACAUUGCAAAGCUCGAUUACGCUUCCCGCUACGCCUGCCAGCGUCCGUCUCCACUGGUGUGCCCGAAUCAAUCAUUGGCCAAAGAGUUGGACAUCAUGCGGCGCUCCCGCGCACUCGAGGGUGAGGAACGAAGCGCGCUCAGCUACGCGCGGGCAAUUUCUGUGAUCAAAGGCGCGCAUAAUUCGCGCAUAUAUGGGGCGUAUCCACACCGCAUCACGUCCGCACACCAGGUUUCCAAGCUGCCUUGUAUAGGGACUAAGAUCGAGGCCUCCGUCAUGGCGUACACGGCUGACCGUCGCUCACAAACAGAGACCAUUUUGAAGUCCGAACGCUUCCAGGCGUUGUCCCUCUUUUCCUCGAUCUACGGAAUUGGCCCGACUACGGCGCGGAAGCUGUGUUCCCUCGGCCUUCGUUCGCUGGACGACCUGGAGAUAUACUACGGUGUGGAACGUGCCUCCCAACGGCCCAGCCUCGCGCAGGGUGGUGACAUUGUCGAGAGCAACGAGGGACUAGGCGAUAGCUGGAUUAGGAUCGCGCUAGAGCUGAGAGAAGACCUUGCCAUACAGAUACCCCGCGCCGAGGUGGAGGAAAUGAGUCGCGUGGUUAUGGACGAGCUCGACGAGUUGGAGCCAGGGUGUGUGAGCACAAUCGUGGGCGGAUACAGGAGGGGAAAGUCGGAGAGCAGCGACGUCGAUAUUGUCUUCACGCAUCCCGACGCAGAGCGCGUCAAGGGCCUCUGCAGGCGUUUGGUGAGAAGACUUCAUGAACACGGUAUGUACAACCUCUCGGGAUUCCAUGGUCACAAUCCACUGCGGAAUACUCACUGGGACUCCCUCGAGAAAGCAUUGACUGUUUUCACAUUACCGAAGUCUUCGUCCUUACACAACGGCAUCCGACGACGCCUCGACCUCAUAUUCGCUCCUCCAGAAGUCUACUGGACUGCAGUCAUAGGCUGGACUGGCUCUAUAAUGUUCCAAAGGGAUAUUAGACAGUGGUCAAAGGACAAACUAGCGAUGAAAUUCGAUAGCUCCGGAAUAACUCGAAGAUACGACUCUAAGGCAUUUUAUCCAAAAACAGAGAAAGAAGUCUUCGAUUUGUUACGGCUUGAGUGGAUUGAUCCGAUGUGGCGUAACGCAGACGUUUGA